UCGAUAUUGUGAUAUAUCGUGCCCAUCCCUAGUGUUUAUUUUGCAUAAGAUUCAUUAUUUAUUUGUUUUUAUGUCCUUUUUUUUGGAUUAUUCAUGUUAUCAUGUAAACUCUUCUAUUUAAUUCCAUCAUCAGCCAACAAUCCAUGCAAAAUAUGUACUCAUGUAAACUGUUAGCUAUUAUCACCAUGAUUUUUACUACUGCGAUUUCUGCUGACAUUCCAUUCAGGCAAGCUCAAUUAAGUAAAAUACCAUUGCCCAAAAUGACCGAGACCAGUGGAAUCGAUGAUUCUUUGUAUUACCCUUCAUCCUCUAUUCCAACAAUGAUCAAAGAUGAACCAAUGAAAAAUUUUUUGUGCUCCUUAUUCGGGUAAAAUUUGUGAAAAAUAUUUAAAAGGACGUUUUGUGUAUUAUAAUUAUACUACCGAUGAGACUGGAUCUCUGAUUUACCUCAAUGAACAAAUCACCGCCAGCCUUUGGUCAGAAAUGGUUUCACCUUUGAUGGAGCCAUGCCGAGGGCCUGCUGAAGUUUUACUUUGUAAUUAUGCCUUUCCUUCAUGUGACUAUGGUAAAUUACCUGUGAUACCCAAACCAAUUUGUCGGGAAGAUUGUAUAGCUGUGAAAGAAUCAUUUUGUUAUAAUCAAUGGGCUUUGAUUGAAGACAAUAAACAACGAGGAGUUUAUUUUAAAGCUCGAGGACAUUUCAGACUACCUGAAUGUGAUUCACUGCCAAGCCAUGAGAACAAGACCAAACCUGACUGUUCGAGUGCUCAUUUAACUGAAAUAAAACAAGAAGAAGUCACCUAUAACUGUAUUAAAGGUCGAGGUCGAUUCUACCAAGGAACCGUUGAUCGAACAAAAAGUGGAAUACUUUGUCAAAGAUGGGAUCAACAAGAGCCGCACAAUCACAAUCGACCCCCGACUAUCUUCGCUGAAAUACAAAAUGCUGAAAAUCACUGUCGCAAUGCAGGCGGGGAAGAGCCUCAACCUUGGUGCUACACAAUUGACCCAAGGGUUCGCUGGGAACAUUGUGACAUACCUGUUUGUAAGAACACAAGUAACUUGCAAAUUGUUAAUUCUCAUCCUUCUAUCAUCAAUUCACCUUUUCAACAUUUUGCCAACUCUACUUUCACAUUAUUAAUAAGCUCAGCAGCAUUGAUUGCCUUGAUUUUAAUGCUAGUGAUUGCCGCAAUUUGCUAUCAUAUCGUUAAAUAUCGUCGUCGCGGGUACAAUUCAAAUUUAACUGACAAUGUCGAGAUCGAUCUAUACAAACUGCCGUCAAAUUUUGCUUAUCACUGUACAACAGUCAAACUUAAUCCAAAAUUAGAAGCUUUGGAGUAUCCAAGGAAUGAUAUAAUUUACAUUCGAGAUAUUGGUCAAGGAGCUUUUGGAAGAGUUUUCCAAGCUAAGGCUCCAGGAAUAAUCAAAGGAGAAGAGUUUACUAUGGUUGCUGUCAAAAUGCUCAAAGAGGAGGCUUCAGAAGAUUUACAAAGUGAUUUUGAAAGAGAGGCUUGUUUAAUGGCUGAGUUUGAUCAUCCCAAUAUUGUCAAACUCUUGGGUGUUUGUGCGGUUGGCAAGCCAAUGUGCCUACUAUUUGAAUACAUGGGUAAAGGAGAUCUCAAUGAAUUUCUUCGGUCUCAUUCUCCUUCAAAUUAUAUCAUCAGGGGACCAGAAUUGGGUUCAUAUCAAGAUCCAAUUCGACUUUCACCAUUAGAUCUGAUUAAUAUAAGCGCUCAAAUAGCAUGUGGAAUGGUCUACCUUUCUGAUAGGAAAUUUGUGCAUCGUGAUUUGGCCACACGAAAUUGUCUAGUCAAUGAAAAUAUGGUUGUUAAAAUCGCAGAUUUUGGACUGUCUCAGAAAAUUUACAUGGCCAAUUAUUAUAAAGGAAAUGAUGAAGAUGCUAUGCCUAUUCGCUGGAUGCCUCUAGAAUCAAUUUUAUUUAACAAAUUCACUAUCGAAUCGGAUGUCUGGGCUUUCGGAAUAGUUCUUUGGGAAAUAUUUUCCUUUGCCUUACAACCAUAUUACGGGAUGACUCAUGAAGAAGUUGUGACAUUUAUCAAAGAUGGUUAUGUUUUAUCUCCUCCUGAAAAUACACCGGUAUCAGUUUAUCAAUUAAUGAAACUUUGUUGGAGCAAAAAGCCAAAUCAUCGCCCCACAUUUAAAGUAAUUUACAGAGCUCUGUGUACAAUUUCCGAGGAACUCACUCGCAACAAUUACAAUGAGAUUAAGCAUCAUUUUCCUGCUUACACCUCUCAUCCAUUGAAAACUCAUGUUUAAAUUUAACUCUAGCAAAUCUAUUGCCUUCACUCAAGUAUACUAAUGAAAGAGUUAAAGUCACUUGUUGAUUUGCACAAUACAUUGACUAUUAUUGAUAUCAUACCAUGAUAUAUACAUGAUAUCAUUUCAUCGCAGCUAGAAUUAGUUGCAAUAUGCUUAACUCUUCAACUUGCUGAAAUUUUUCACAAUCUCAAGCGGAAACUUUAUCUAAAUUAAUUACCAGAUUGCCCAAGAUUUAAACUCUUAUGGAGAUAAGUUGAUUGUCAACUUGGCACAAACCAAACAUUUCACAAUCUGCAGCAGUCAGACCUCUUCCAAUGCAGUUCUGAGUAUGGAAUCAAUUCAGCUAAAUUGCUUAACAAUCAAUUAUUAGGCCUUUGUUAAGGUGUGAUCAUAAAAAGAUGGUACAAACUCUGAAUCUUCAACUAGAAAAAUUGACAUCGCUACAACAUCGACGCAAUUGAAGCCAAAAUUUGUGGAGAAGCUUCACAUUGACUUUUAUUUGUCAUUUCAAAUCGAAAUAAAGCUUAAUUUAUUAUAA